GCGAAUUUCAAACUCGAGCACAGCUCCAUGAGUUGUCUAAACACAUGCCUCAAAAAUCAUAACUUUUUGUGGGACGAUGUUUUUGCUGCUUUAUCUUUUCUCAUGCUUUCCAUUUUCUCUCUCUUAUUUUAGGAAAUAGUAAUUGAAAGUAAGAAACAAAUAAAUACAAAGGAAAGUCGUGUUUUCUUCCUCCUCCUACCAUUCUUAAAAAUCUUUAACUCCCGAAAUUAGGGUUCAUAAAAUUCCCUUCAAACCCCAAAUCCCACUUCCUAUUCUCUCUUGUUCGGGAUCAGCACCGUUAUCUAAUCAAUCACCCCCAAUUCUAAUUUACAACCCAAUAAAAGACCUCCAACCAUCUCAUUUACACAGUGUGCUCCUAAAAAUGGAUGCGGAUGGGGGAAGAAGGAUUUUCAACCGCCUCGGCCCCUCGUCUUCAAGCGAUAGCAACGGUAGGCAGCAGAAGGUGUGUUUCCACUGGGAAAAAGGCAAGUGCACGAGAAAUCCAUGCCCCUUUCUGCACGGGGAGCUGCCGACAGCGGCGAAUGGCAAGAGGGGGCAUCAGGGUUUCGGGGCGGAGGAUAAUUACCGUGGCGGCGGCGGAUUACGGAGGAGCGGGAACUAUAAUUUUAAUAAUAGCAAUCAUAAUAAUUCAUGGGGCAGGCCGCAGUCGCAGCAGCCGGUAAGCGGCAACAGGACUUUCGUUAGGAAAGUUGAGAAGAAAAUCUGCAGCUAUUGGGUGCAAGGGAGCUGUAGAUACGGGGAUACUUGUAAAUUUUUGCAUCAGUGGUCCACGGAUUCGUUUACCUUGUUGACACCGCUCGAGGGCCACAAACAAGCUGUGACAGGGAUUACUUUGCCUUCGGGGUCUGAUAAGCUGUACUCUGGGAGUGAAGAUGAGACAGUCAGAAUUUGGGACUGCCAAUCUGGUCAGCUGGCAGGUGUAGUGAAUAUGGGAUGUUCAGUAGGCUGUAUGCUAAGUGAAGGUCCAUGGGUGUUUGUGGGCUUGACAAAUCUAGUCAAGGCAUGGAAUAUCCAAACAUCAAUGGAGCUCAGUUUAAGCGGACCUGUUGGACAAGUGUAUUCCCUAGUUGUUGGAAAUGAUCUACUCUUCGCCGGUAACAAGGAUGGGUCAAUAUUGGCAUGGAAAUUCAAUGCUGUUACAAACUGCUUUGAACCAGCUGCAUCACUCUUGGGUCACACUCUUGCUGUCGUGACACUAGUUGUCGGUGGUAACAGAAUGUACUCUGGUUCCAUGGACCACACUAUUAGAGUGUGGAGCCUGGAAACUAUGCAAUGUAUCCAAACUUUAACCGGACAUAACCAUGUCGUCACAUCUGUUUUGUGUUGGGAUCAGUUCCUUUUAUCAGCUUCAUUAGACAACACCGUAAAGGUCUGGGCUGCGACCGAGGCUGGUAAUUUGGAAGUAACAUUUACCCAUACGGAGGAACAGGGUUUAAUCACUCUAUGCGGGAUGCACGAUUCAGAAAGUAAGCCAGUGCUGCUCUGCUCCUGUAACGACAAUUCUGUCCGAGUCUAUGACUUGCCUUCAUUUUCGGAGAGGGGAAAGAUCUUCUCCAAGGAGGAGGUCCGCAGCAUACAAAUUGGCCCCGGUGGUUUGUUUUUCACCGGUGAUGGAUCGGGUCAAGUAAGAGUGUGGAAGUGGUCGGCAGAAUCAACCGCUACUUCAUGAGAAAGCAGGUUAUAUUAGUUCCUAGCCGGUUUCAUUUUUCUACCGGCGCUGAAUCUAGUAUAAUCAACGAGUAACGAAGAAGAUAUGAGUGCGGAAGAGGACAGUGAAACCAACAUUAUGAGAAGCAACUUGUUGUAUCAGUUUGAGAAACAUAUCAGUUUUGAGUUAUUUUUCAAUUCAUCUCUUACUCUUCUUGUAUGUUUUGUUAGUUUGGUUUAUUAUCUAACUAUGUGUGUAAGCAUCAUAAUUGGUUACUUAUUGAAUAAAAUUUCUUGAGCAUGAACAAAACAA